AUGCAUCGCUGCCCCUAGCCGCUCUCCCAGUGUGAAGUUCGGGCCUGGGGGCUGCGGGUGCCGUCCGGCCUCGCUGCAUUGUGGGAGUUGUAGUCGCCUGCCCGAAGAGCUCUGGCGACUGAAGGCCUUGCGUGCAACUGCGGCCCUUUCCGAGGUGAGGCCGGGGCCUCUCGCCGCCUUUCCUCUCCGCCCGGCGGCAACUUCUUCCGCAGCGCCUGGCCGUGCGGCCGGCGGGCCACGCGCGGCCGGCGCCUUCCCUCCCCGACCUAAGAUGGCGGCCGAGGUGGACUUCGGGGACCAGGAGCUCUUCCAGCAGCUGGACGCCGGCGAGGCGGCGCCCAUCCCGGCCGCGCAGCCGCCCCACGCCCGCUUCGAGGAGGCCGGGGCGGAGACGGAGGAGCUCCGCCAGCGGCUGAGGGAGUGCCAGGAGACCGUCAGGGAGCUGCAGGCCGAGAAUCAUGAACUCAGAAGAAAAUUGAAUAUGCUGACUCGACCAAGUGGACUUACCAUUGACGACUCUAAACUUGAUGGGCCUUUGUUACAAAUUUUAUUUAUGAACAAUACUGUUUCGAAGCAAUAUCAUCAAGAAAUAGAAGAUUUUAUAUCUUGUUUAGUUCAAAAAUAUGAGGAGCAACAAAGUGCUGAAUCUGACAAGACCUACUUCAAUGUUAAGCCGCAGCCUUCUAGUUUUAUGUUGGAAGAAGACCAUAAAGUGACAAUCUCAAAUACAUCAAAAAAAAUCAAGGAGGCCUUUAGUGUUGUAGGAAGUGUUCUCUAUUUUACCAAUUUUUGUCUUGAUAAACUGGGGCAGCCUAUAUUAAAUGAAAACCCUCAGCUGACAGAUGGAUGGGAAAUACCCAAAUACCAGCAAGUUUUCACGCAGAUUCUUUCUCUAGAUGGACAGGAGAUACAAGUAAAGCCUAAAAGCAGGCCAAAAUCUCACUGCUUCAAUUGUGGCUCUGAAGACCACCAAAUGAAAGAUUGUCCACAGCCACGAAAUGCUGCCCGUAUAAGUGAAAAAAGGAAGCAGUUUAUGGAUGCUUGUGGGGAAGCAGGAAACCAAAACUUCCAACAGCGGUACCAUGCAGAAGAAGUUGAAGAAAGGUUUGGAAGGUUCAAACCAGGAAUAAUUAGUGAGGAACUUCAGGAUGCACUUGGUGUCACUGAUAAGACUCUUCCUCCUUUCAUCUAUCGAAUGCGGCAACUGGGCUAUCCCCCAGGUUGGCUCAAGGAGGCAGAAAUGGAAAAAUCUGGACUAACACUCUAUGAUGGAAAAGCAUCUCCUGGUGGUGAAACAGAGGCAGAAGAAUAUUAUCAACAGAAUUGGCGUGUCACUUAUGAUGUCUCUAAGUUGAUAAACUAUCCAGGUUUUAAUAUGUCCACUCCGAAUGGAGUAACAGAUGAAUGGAGGAUGUUUGGUUCCGUACCCCUUCAGCCCAGUCAGCAGAAGGAUAUCUUUGCCCACUAUCUUUCUACCUAUCAUUCGUCAAGCCCAAAGUCCAGCAAUAAAAGAUCUUCAUCUCACCAGAAGGCUCAUCAUCCAAAAAGACAGAAAGGAAACAGUGCUGAAGUAUCAUCAGCUGACAUGGAGAUGGAUUCUGACUUUGAAGCUCCACACAGUUCUCCUGGCUAUGAUAGCUUCCACUUCCAACCUCCACUGCCUCCAGGGUCACCACUGAACGCCACUCCUCCCCCAUUGCCACGUGGGACCCCUCCAUGUACUCCCCCCAACAUUACCCCUCCCCGGCUUCCUCCAUGUAUUCCCCUACCAGCUACCCGUGAUACUCCACCUUUGACUCCUUCCAGUGAUUCUGCUCCACUGAGAGCAGAGGGCUCUGCUAUGGAUGAAGACACUUUGACUCUGGAAGAGCUUGAGGAGCAGCAGCGCCUCAUUUGGGCAGCCCUGGAGCAAGCAGAUAGUGCAAACAGUGACUCUGACAUACCUGGAGAGAAUCCUUUAACAGGAAACUCUGUAGCCUCAUCACCGUCUCGAAUUGAGUCAGACAUUUUCCCAGAAGAAAUAACAUGCAAAAAGCUGGAUGUAUUGGAACUUGGGACUUCAGACAACAGUGAACAGGUACUCAAAGCAGAAGAGUCUGAAAAGAAACAGAUUUCAGGUGAUGAACUGAUUGAUUUGACAGACAAUGAAGAACCAAAUCCCAUGGAUUCUGAAGGCAGUGUUGAGAACUGCCCCUCAACCUCAGUGUCCAGGGUAAGCCACAGUGACUCUCCUGUGGUCAUCAGUGCGGAGGUGUCCAAAAAUGCCAGCCCUGUCCCUGACAUGAGCAAGUUCGCUGCUGGGAUAACACCUUUUGAAUUUGACAAUAUGGCUGAAUCUACUGGGAUUUACCUCCGAAUAAGAAGUGUGCUAAAGAACUCUCCUAGGAACCAGCAGAAAAGCAAGAAGGCUUCCUCCUAGGUGUCCUAUUACUACUGCAGCACGGUUGCACCCAAAAGAAACCAACUGGCCAAUUAACUUUGGAUACUACUCUGUACUUACUUUAUAAAUAAUGACCAAGUAAGAACAGACACAUUGAAAGCUCCUGCUUUGUUCCUCCUAUAAUUAUGUUACUUGUUUUAAAAAGUGCAGUGUACAGAGCUUCCAUUUUGACUUCAGGGCCUGUUGCUGCCUAAAACCAAUGUUUCUGCUAAUACAAGAAAGUGCUACCAAGUGAGUUAACUUUUCUGAAAAUGUUUCCUGAAUAUGAGUUAAUCUUUCUGACCCUGUUUGACUUGUGAAGUUAGAGCAGCGGCAACUGGAGGAUUUUGUCUGUGCUUUCUGCAUCACUGUAAACCAGUUUAUUUUCAGUAGUUUUUGAAAGGUUCUCAACCUUUUAAAUGGUUUCCUCUUCAUUUAAAAUAGAAAAAUUGUAGCAAUGAAAUGGGAAUAAUCAGGGGUUGUUUCCCAAUUAUUCCUGCCCUUUUUGAAGAGUUUUAUAAGUAAUUUAUGUGGGUCAGAUUUUUUUAGUACUACCUUCUUUCUUCUUUCUUUUUAGUAAUGCCCCAUAUUUGAACUUGCUGUACAUACAUAUUGAUGCUUCUGUACAGAGGUUUAAUAAACAAUUUUUUCAUAA